AUGCACAUCCAUAUGGAUAUCAUUCGAAUGGAUGCACCCAUGUCGACACGAAAGCGGAUCAGAUCUACGUUCGUAUGUACUGGUUGCCAUUUGAAAAAGAAAAAAUGCGAUCGUCAGAGCCCGUGCGGCACUUGUGUUAGGGCUGGACGAGGGUCUCUCUGUCGCUACAGUACGCUCAAUAGCAAUGUGCCAUUGCCAUACGGGAUCCCACAAUCGGGGACCGCUGUUGAGACUUUGCCAUUUACUGCAUCAUCUUCAAUUCCGUUGGCUGAUGUUGAAGGUGAUGGCAAGAUCAGUUUGAUUGAUUUUCUUGCUACUUCGGCGGAUGUAGGAAUGCCUCGAAUAAAGGGGAUGUUACCCCAUGUGUCAUUCGUGAAUUCGGAUCCGACAACUGGCUUGAUCUGGUUUCUCUUAAAAUCCUCGCCUCCGCGUAUGUACGAUGCACUUUUCUGGCGAAAUACCAUUUUAUCUGAGGCUAGGGUGCUGACCUUUGAUAACGAGUGGAAGAUCCAACCGGAUCUCCAAUACAUUCCUAAAUUAACAGCCAUUCAUGACAUCGAAGAGUUUGACGGUCUAAGAGCCUCCGUUUCACAGUUUGGUCAACAUAUUGGAAUUCUGUUUCACCUGAGCAUAUCUUACAUUCUGGAGACACUCGUUUCACAGGUCCAAGAAGUCUUACCACCUGUAGAAUCAAUAUCAUUCUUCGUUGAAGCUUUUUUUGCACACAACUGUGCUGGCUUUCCUAUUAUCGACGAGGCUUCUUUCAAGGAAUGUUUGCAGCGCAUACUCGGUAUUAACUUUCAAACGAACACAUCCAUCGUCACAGAUAUUCGCAUUGAAUCCACCGGUGAUUUAGCGAUCCUUGCUACUUUGAUGUUUGUCUUGCGAUUUGGCUAUUUGGGUCUUAUUAGCUUCCCAAAGCAUGACCUUGAGCGUCAAAAAGAUGGAAGCAAAGGCUUCAUCUCAAUAGAUGUGAUCAAUGUAGGUGAACAUAUUUUGAAGGAAAUCUCUUUUUCAUUUGAUGUGCACCCAAACCUAUUGCAGGCACAAGCGAUUCGACUCCUCUAUCAUUACCACUGCCCUGAAGGAGAUUGCUUCACCGACGACGGAGAAGCAGGAAUGUUUUUGGGAAACAUUAUUCUAAUGAUGGAAGCUCUACAUAUGAAUGACAUUCACAGUGUUCCGAUGAAUUGGGCUCCUGAAUGGAGUACAAAACCCAGAGAGAGCUUUCUGCACUCGGUGAUAUUGUUGGAUGUGGAGUUAUCAGUACUCUAUGGGCGUGCACCGAAAUUCAGUCUACUAAGUACUCCUACCCAUGGGAGCUCAAAGUUUAGUUGUAUCAUGCCGGUGGUAGAACUGUUGCAUCGUCUCACGAAAAGUACGCUAACACCUGGACUCCAAAUAGAACGUUCAAACCUUAUGGCUGAUACUGCUGAGCUUGAAAAACUCAUGUUAGAACUACUUGGGAAGCCGGAACACUACUUAAAUCAAGAUUUGGAAGAUAAUUUGAAACUCGUUAGGUUCCGGCUUCUCAUUGUUUGUUCAUGUUUCAUUCUGAGUGUUUUCUAUGCUCUUUACAUUCAUGCGGAAAGUCGGACGAAUUAUAGUGCAAGCGCAAUUUACUUCAUGAAGGCAGCAGGAGCAAUUCUCGGAGAUUUAGUUUGCGUAAAUGAAUUGUUCCCUCGAGUUUGCAACAGUUAUUUUGGAACAGGAGCGUUACUCAAGUUGAGGCCGCUUUUACUUGGUUGCACUCGUAUGAAACAGGUUAUUUGCAAACUUGCAUAUAGAGCCCAAUGCUCCAUCAAGUUGAAGCCGGGAGUUGACAGCUAUAAAAUAAUUUCAUUGAAACAAAUCUUAGUUGAACUAGGAGAAGGUGUUGGCGGAAUUUAUGAUGAGCUUCUGAAAGGUUCAAGGUGCGCGUGGGCGCAGGGUAAAGCUUGCCAGUAUGUCAAACUAGCGCUUUGCUGGUUAGACACUAUUGAUGGAGACAUAGAAGCUGUUUCUCAAGCAGGUCUCAAUUAUGGCACUAGUGAUUUAGAUCUGAUUCUACGUUCGUUGAGAAAGUAUAGAGACGAACACAGAGUCUAUAAAGAGUUGUAUACCGUGGAAGUUAGAGGUUUUACUAGGUCAGAUGAACAAGAUGCCAUGGAAACAAUCCAAACAGAUCGGAUGUGGAAACUGGUGGUCAUGAUAGCCUCAUAUAUUAAGCAGUUGGAGUUCGAAAGGAAAAGUGACAAGCUUGAAGACGUGUUUAAGAUGGCGAAUGGUCAUGAUUAUGAUCUUUUCCAGAAUAUUUUGUCAAUGUAG